CGCUCCCCGUCUCUUCAUCGUCCAGUUAAGGCAUCAAGCAGAAGAGGGAGCGUUAGGGUUACCAGUAACAAGGGACAGGGCGGCGGAGCCUCCGUAAGCGUCACCAUGGGUCGUAUGCACAGCCGUGGCAAGGGCAUCUCAGCCUCAGCUCUCCCUUACAAGCGGACACCCCCGAGCUGGCUCAAGAUUUCAUCUCAAGACGUCGAGGAGAACAUCUGCAAGUUCGCCAAGAAGGGGCUGACUCCGUCCCAGAUUGGCGUUAUCCUCCGUGACUCUCACGGUAUCGCUCAAGUAAAGAGCGUCACCGGGAGCAAGAUCCUCCGUAUCCUUAAGGCUCACGGUCUUGCGCCUGAAAUUCCCGAGGAUCUGUACCAUCUGAUCAAGAAGGCAGUGUCAAUCAGGAAGCACUUGGAGCGGAACCGGAAGGACAAGGACUCAAAAUUUAGAUUGAUCCUCGUCGAGAGCAGAAUCCACAGGCUUGCUCGCUACUACAAGAAAACAAAGAAGCUUCCUCCUGUUUGGAAAUAUGAAUCUACUACUGCUAGCACGCUGGUGGCUUAAGCCGGGAACAAAGCUUCAAAUGAAGCUGGACCUUCUGCCUGCUUUCGGGUAGGUGUGGUUGUUAUGGCUUUUUCGCCUAUUCUACUCUCCCUUCACCUCCUGUAACAGAUUUGUCAGUUAAUUGGUGAUGAGUUAGAAUGACCAAGGAUUGGAUGGUGUUCUGGUGCCAAUUUUUUGAUGCGAUUGAUUCUAUCUCUAUUGGAACCUUCGUGAUGUUUUACAGUUGAUGAAA